AUGUUGCAGCGCAUACCCCUCAGUCGUCCGGAUGAAGCUAUCAAGGCCAUCGAGGAAGAUGGUGGAGUUAUUCUUAGUGAUUUCACCUCGCUCAACGAUCUGGAUCAGGUGCAUCAGGAUGAGUGGCAAGCCCGUUACAAGGGCCGUGUCUACUGCAGCCUGCUGUACGGCCGCAGUGAGACUGCACGUGAGAAGUGGAUUUUGGAUUCGGGCCUGCAGCACAUCGUUAAUCAUUUCCUCCAUACAUCCAAUUCCACGGACGUAGACCCGAACAGUCCUAUUGGGCGCCGAACCGAUUCCAUUUUGUCCCAGGCAACGAGUAUUGCGACAUUGGAGGGGGGUCUUGCUCAGGCCUUACAUCGUGACGACAGUAUCUGGCAGCACGUUCAUCCUAAUCAGGAAAAAUCAGGUUAUCGUCUGGGAACCGACUUGGGAAUGGGGCUACUGGUACCAGGGGUAAACACCACCAUGGCAAACGGAGCCACUUUGUUCGUCCCUGGUUCUCACUUGUGGGCCGAUGAGAGACAAGCUGGCGAGAAUGAGACUAUUGCAGUGGAAAUGCUGCGCGGCGAGGCCCUCCUUUUCCUCUCUUCGGCUAUCCACGCGGGUGGAGGCAACGUGACCCGCGAACCCCGGUUGCUGCAUGCCAUCUUCUUUUGCCGAUCAUGGGUUCGGCCUGAGACGAAUGACUUUACGUGUUAUACGAUUGAAGAGGUGGAGUCGUGGUCGGCAGAAGCACAAAAGUUUGCUGGGUAUCGCACAGACAAAAUGCUGGGAAUAUGUGAUGAUGGCGAUCCCAUCGAUGCCCUCCGUAUCCGCCAGGAGAAGAAAUUGUGA